AUGGUUCGUUUUUUUUUCCAGAUUUUUAGGGGUUCAAUAUAUUUUUUCAGGCUUUUCUAGGAAUUUCAAUUUUUUUUAAAGGAUUUUUCAGUUUUGACAUGGAAAAUUUGUUAAGACUCUCUCAAAAAAAUUAAAUUUUUCCGUUUUUUUAUAAAUUUUAAUUUUUUUAUUUUUUUCAGGUUUUUUUAUGGUCGUUUUUUUCCCAUUUCAUUUUGAGAAAAAAAUGAUUUUUAAUAAUUCCUGAAUUUUUUUAACUUCGAGAAAAAAAUCCGAUUUUUUUGAAAAAAAGCUUGUAAAAGUUGAACUAAAAAAAUAUUUUUUUCUGUAAAGAAAAAAAUUAUUUUUUUCGUGGUUUCUAACUGAUUUUUCUUGUUUAAUUUUUCAAAAAAAUAUCUUUCUAAAAAAAGUCCAAAAAUAUGUUUUUUUCGAUAUAAAUUUAGGCAUUUGCGCUGAAAAAUCUUGACAAGAAAAAAAUUUUUCAAAUCGAAUUUUUUUGAGGUGAAAAAAAUCCAUUUCAGAUUAAAAAUCUUCAAUUUCAAGCUAAAUAGGAGUCAAAUAAUCAAAAAUUAAUUCCAUUAAAGUUGAUAAAAAAAGAAUUUUAAUUAAGAAAUUGAACCGUUUUAAUGAAAAAUAAUCAAUUUUUGAACGUUUAGAUUCGCGUUUUUUUGGACUUUAAAUUCGAGGCCGAGCCGAAAAGGAACGUCUCCGUGGUCGGAGGGGUACAGUUGGACUGCCACUACGUUGUUGGCAACGAAAAAUUGCUGAAAGACGUGAAAAUCGAGUGGAAACGCGAGGGAACUCUUAUCAACGAGAGGACCAAUCCGAGGAUGUCAGUUUGGGCGGGAAAAUUGGGGAAAAAUCGUCUUUUUUCCGGUUUUUUAGGAAAAAUGUGCUUUUUGGAAGGUUUUUUCAUGGGUUUUUGAGAUUUUUGUGUAGGAAAAAUGAAGGAUAAGUUAGAAAAAGGAGAUUUUUUAACGGUUUUUUAAAGAAAUUACAUUUUCGGUAGUUUUUUUUGUUAACCAGUAGUAGUUUUUGAGUGGGAGAAUCGGGAGAAAUUCAUUUUUUUCGGCUUUUUUUGGGGGCAAAAUGGGCUUUUUUUCAGUUUUUUUGAGAGUUUCGUGUAGGAAAAAAAUGAUGGAAAAAAAUGAGAAAAAUCAUCAUUUUUCUGGUUUUGGAGAAAUUUGGAUAGCCUUUUUCCAGUGGUUUGUAGUAGUUCUGUGUGGUAAAAUCAAAGAAAAUUGAGAAAUAAGGGGAAUUUUAACCGUUUCAUGAGAAAUUACGCCUGUUUUCUCUGUUGUAAAACUUUUAGGUGAAAAAAUUGAUAGAAAAAUUAAGAAAUUGACCAUUUUUUGAGAAAAAUUAUGUCUCUCCGCGGAUUUUACUCAGUUGCUUGUAGGAGUUUCGUGUUGAAAAAAAUCGAAAAAAAGUUCACAAAUUUGCUGUUUUUUUCGGGAAAAAAAUAGUUCUAUCGGAAGCCUUUCAUGCGCAAAAUUAGAUAUAUUAACUUUUUUUCUAUAAAUUUGUUAAAAUGCAUUUUUAACUUCAUAUAAAAACGCUUUGAUGAUUGAUUUUAGCGUUAUCCUUUUCAAGGUUAUUCAGAAAAAGUAUACUCAAAAUUAUUUCAUUAUUAUUUCACUUUUUCGGUUUUUAGAGACGUUUUUAAAAAAAUAUUUUUUUCUUGAAAAAAACACUAUUCCGUAUGAUUUGGGCCCUUUUAAGACAAUUUUUUAAAUUGAAUAAUCUUCACCAGUGACUGUGUAUGCAACAAAAUGUGCUACAGUAAUAUAAUCGGAAAUUAAUGAUGGCCGAGACUUUCAGCACCCUUUUUGCACCCCUUUUUCACUUUUUUUGAAGCUUUUUAGUCCACCAAGAAAGAAAGGCUCAAUAAAGGCCGCAAAACAGGAACCUUUUAGCAGCCAUUUUGCAGUCACUCCCUUCAGAAAAGGACCCUUUACAGGCCCUUUGAGGGUCCGUAAUAGGUGCAAAAAGGUUUCCAAUAAUUGUUCCUAAACGGGUGGCAACGCUUUCCUUUUUACUGCCUUUUUCUGCCGUUUCAUUAGCCUUUAUUGACCCUUUUUGGACCCUUUUGAGAAAUACGAAUUUUUUUUAGAUGGAGAAUAAUUUUUACAAGGGACUGUGUAUGAACCACAAUAAGCUACAGUAAUAACAUCGGAAAUUAUUGAUGACCGAGACUUUUAGCGCCCUUUUUUCACCCUUUUUUCGCCCGUUUUGCACCCUUUUUGCACCCUUUUUAGCCCAACAAGAAAAAAGGCUCAAUAAAGGCCCCAAAACGGAACCCUUUUAGCAGCCAUUUUGCACCCCUUUUCCGCAUUUUUUCUUACUUAACUGUCCGAUUUUUCCACGUUUCUCCAAGAAAGCUGCACUCAAAAGACCAGUAAACAAACUAUUUCAUAACUCCUCCUUUUUUGGGUCCAUUUCCAAACGUCUGACUUUACUAGAAGCUUAUAUUCGAGUGCAGAAAUGUUGCCAAAGGGAUUACGAAGCUUUUGGGGGAAAAGUCUUGCGAAACGGCCAAAAGCCGCGUCUCGUUCAUGCAUGAACAAAGUGAUUUGCAUAUUGCGUCCCCCCCGCCGAAAUUUCCUUGGGUCCAGAACAAUGUCACCAGAUUUUGGCGUUUAAUUGUGGGUAAUUAAGCGUUUUUCGGGGUUCCUAAAGAGUUCAGUUGACUAUUUUCGAUAGGAAGUACUCCGGAAAGUACAGAAAUGAUACUUUAAAAAUAUUUUAUUGAAAACUUGAGGGUAAAUAGGCGAUUUUCAAGGUUUCUAAGGACUUUAUUCAAUGGGAAAUACUUCGGAAAGUACAAAAAAAUGAUACUUUAAAAAAAUAUUUGAUUGAAAAAAAUUGAGGGUAACUAGGCAAUUUUCGGGGGUUUAAGAAGUUUUUGUGGAGUUGGAGUUUCUACAAUAAAUUGUUUCUUGAUAAGUUCAAAAAAAUGGUGGUUUUUUUGAGCAAUAUGAUCAUAAAAUUGUGGGUAAUUAGGCGUUUUUCGGGGCUUCUAAAGACCUUAAUCAACUGGGAACAUUUCGGAAAGGACAAAACAUGAUCCUUUCGAAGUAAUUUGAUCAUAAAAAAAAACUAUUUUGUGGAUUUUUCCCUUUUUUUCGUUUUACCGUUGAAAAUUUUUAUCCAACUAAACACCUAACACAUAAAAAAAGUACCACGAACCUAAAUUUCAAACGUUUUUCUUGCAGAAAAAAUGAUUUACCUAAUAAAGACUUUUCGUAUGGAGACUUUUUUCUGACAUAGUCCAUGCUCCUUUAAAAAUGAAAUACAAAAGGAUUAUAAAGAAAAUUUUCAAAUGGUGAAUUUUAAGCUCUUUGUUACCAAUAUCUUCAUCAGAAUGGAUUCCGGAUCAGAAUGACAAAUCCGAGCCCAAAUAUGUAAUCGAAUAUGGGGAAGGUCUCGUUACGCAAGUCUUUCUGUUGGCGGACGCAUUGACUCGGGUUAAAAUUGCAAUUAAUUGCAUCGAUCUUUCGGGGCUUUCCUGUCAGAGCAAAUUGCGGUUUGAAUAGGAUUUCAGGGGAAUUGUCAUCAUAAUUAUAGGAAAAAUAAUGUUUUUUUGAGUCUAUUCGAACUUAUAUCGUUUAAAAAUGCUUGAAAAUCAAAUUUUAGACUCGUUUUUCUGUAUACUUUUUUCAAGAUUGCACUUUCCAGAUAGAAAACUUUGUCAAAUUUCGUUUUCACUCGGAUUUCGGGGCAUUUUUGAACCUUUAUUUGGAUAUAAAAACGUUUUUUGCAGUUUUUUUGAACUUAAAUAGGAUUUCAGGGGAGUUUGAUCAUAAUUAUAGGUAUAAGAACGUUUUUUUGUAGUUUAUCCGGGUUUUGAUCGCUAAAAAAUGGUCAAAAUAUGAAUAUAAGACGGUUUUUAGUAGUUUUUUCGGAUUUGAACAGGAUUUCAGGGGAAUUUUCAUCAUAAUUAUAGGUAUAAGAACGUUUUUUGUAGUUUUAUAGAGUUUUAAUGGCCAAAAAAAGCCUGAAAAUCAAGUUUUAGAACGAUUUUUCUUUAUAAUUUUUUCAAGGUUGCAUUUUCAAGCUGAGAGCUUUGUAAAAAUUCAUUUUUACUUGGAUUUUGUGUGAUUUUUGACUCUAAACUUAGAUAUAGGACAGUUUUUUUCGAAGUUGGAUCGCUUAUAAAUGCUUAAAAAAAUCAAUAAAAAAAUUCCCUUUAUUUUUAGGAAAAAAAUUGGUCAAAUUUUUGUUUUUUUACUAGGAAUUUGUGGCGUUUUUUUACCCUUUAUUUGAAUAUAAGCCAGUUUUCAGUAGUUUUUUUCGAUCUUGAAGCGUUUAUAAAUGCUCAUAAUCAAUAGAAAAUUUUUUUCAAGUUGAAACAUUUUUUUCAAAAAAAUUCGUUUGCACUUGGAUUCCGUAGAAUUUUUGACUUUUUUUCGACUUUUUGGACACUAAAUUUGAAUAUAGGAUAGUUUUUUCGAACUCGAAUCGCGUAUAAAUGCCUAAAAAAUCAAUAGGAAAAUGUUUGAAAGUUGAGAAAUUUGGUCAAAUUUCAUUUUUUUCUCGGAUUUCUGUGAAUUUUCGGCUGGAAAAUGAUCAUUUUAUGUAGAAAAAAAGUGUGUUAAAAAAACUUUGAAAUCCAAUAUUGCCCUGAAAUUGAAAUUUUUUUAGCUUCUUAAAUUUCAUCUAAAAAAAUGCCAAAUACUUCAUUUUUCCACCAUUUUUUUGUCAUAUUUUUCUUCAAAAAAAUAGAAAAAAAGCCCUAGGAAGGUCUUCCGAAGGCUAUUCUUCAAAAUGAUGAUCAAAAAAAGGGGGAAGGACCACCCGAAAAAGAUCACUUUGCGAAGAUCAACCACAGAUGCCGGGUGAAUUAUUUGCCGCCGAUCCUGCGGAGACGGAAAAAAAAACUCGUGUAGGAAAAGGCGACGGCCAGAUGGCAGCUGGUCACUGCAAGGUCGAGCCGUUUGAGUAAGAGGGGGAUGGGAGCCGAUUCGAAUCGAUACACGCACUUUUUCUUGAUGAGAAGUGGGUUGCGAGGAGAUUUGGAGGGGCCUGGGUGGAUUAUUUUGAAGAAAAAUAUGAUAAACUAUCAAAAAAUGAUUAUAAAAGUUCCAAAAAGUAGAUUUUUUAAACUUUUUCUUGAUGGAAACUGAGAUUUGAGUGAUUUGGAGGGACCUGGGUUGAUUAUUUUAAGAAAGAAAAAGAUAAAUUUUCAAAAAAAUGAUCAUCAAAGUUCAAAAAGGGUUUGUAGAAUUCAAAAAAUUGAUUUUUUUUUUAAACUUUUUCUUAAUGGAAACUGAGAUUUGAGUGAUUUGGAAGGACCGAAAGAGACAACUUUUUGAAAAAAAUGUACCCAUUAUCGUUGGAGCGCAUUUGAUGAUAAAAAAAGAGCUGAGACCUUCCCGUGAAGAAAUUUUCCAAAAUCGAAACAAAUUUCAUCAAUUUAUCAUUGGAGCGCAUUUGACGACAAAAAAUAGCCAAAAAAUCUCAAUGAAUUUUUUUUAUAUAUCAUUGGAGCUGGGUGGAUUAUUUUAAGAAAAAAAUACGGUAAUUUAUCAACAAAAAAAUUAUUAUAACAGUUCAAAAAAACAAGUAUAUAGAAUUCAAAAGAAAGCCUUUCCCAUAUAUUUUGAACUUGUGGUACUAAUUUUCCGACUUUAAAUUUCUGGCGUUCCUUUUUUCAAAGAAACCCCGAAAGCCAUUCCAAAUGCGGCCGAUUCGAAUCGAUAUACGCACUUUUUCUUAAUGAAAAAUGGGGUUGCAAGGAGAUUUGAGUGAUUUGGAGGGACCUGGGUGGAUUAUUUUGAAGAAAAAUUAUGAUACAAUAUCAAAAAAUGAUUUUGGAAGUUCAAAAAAGAGGUAGUUUGACUUCAAAAAGUUGAUUUUUCAAACUUUUUCUUGAUGGAAACUGAGAUUUGGGUGAUUAGAAGAGACUUGGGUGGAUUAUUUUAUGAAAAAUGGGAUAAACUUUCGAAAAAUGAUUGUAGAAGUACAAAAAAGGGCGAAUUGACUUCAAAAAGUUGAUUUUUCCAAAUUUUUAUCGAUAAAAACUGAGAUUCGGGUGAUUAGGAGGGACCAAGGUUGAUUAUUUUGAGAAAGAAAAAAAGAUAAAUUUUUCAAAAAAAUGAUGAUCAAAAAUUCAAAAAAAGAGUAGAUAGAAUUCAAAAGACAGACUUUCCCAUAUAUUUUUGGACUUGUGGCACUAAUUUUCUUACUUCAUAUUUUUUGGCGUUCCUUUUUUUAAAAGGUCCGAAAGCCAUUCCAAAUGCGGGCCGAUUUGAAUGUAUUAACGAACUCCAGAGUGGUCCCUAUAGGGGCAACCUUAAAGGACCUUGGUGGGCCCCUCUAGGGACCACUUUACCAACCUUUAUAGGGACCAUUAAAGCUUGCAAAAGUGGUCUUUUUCUGGAAAAUUGGAUAAUUCGAAGCUGAUAGAGCUUUUUAAAGUUUAGUUUUUAAGUGAUAUGAAAGAAGACACUCUCAGAAGCUCAGAAAAGUUGAUUUUUCCCGAAUCGGACCAUUUGAACCGAAAUUGUGAAUUUUUGAAGUUUUCAUGUCUCGAUUUCUGGCCUGAAAUUGUCGGAAAUUUAGUUUUUUUAGAGUUUUUUGAGGCUUGAUCUUUAUUUUAUAUGAAAGAGGACACUCUAAGGGACUGAGAGAAGUUGAUUUUUUCGGAAUCGGACCAUUUUAACCGAAAUUGUGAGUUUUUGAAGUUUACAUGUCAUGAUUUCUGGCAAGAAAUUGACGUAAAAUAGGAAAUUUCGGAACUUUUUAAGGUUUGAUCUCUAACCGGUAUAAAAGAGGACACUCUAAGGGACUGAGAGAAGUUGAUUUUUCCGAAUUUGGACCAUUUUAACCGAAAUUGUGAGUUUUUGAAGUUUUCAUGUCCUCAUUUCUGGCCUGAAAAUGUCGGAAAUUUAGUUAUUUUAGAGUUUUUUGAGGUUUGAUCUUUAUUUUAUAUGAAAGAGGACACUCUAAGGGACUGAGAGAAGUUGAUUUUUUUCGGAAUCGGACCAUUUUAACCGAAAUUGUGAGUUUUUUUGAAGUUUACAUGUCAUGAUUUCUGGCAAGAAAUUGACGUAAAAUAGGAAAUUUCGGAACUUUUUUUAAGGUUUGAUCUCUAACCGGUAUAAAAAGAGGACACUCUAAGGGACUGAGAGAAGUUGAUUUUUCCGAAUUUGGACCAUUUUAACCGAAAUUGUGAGUUUUUGAAGUUUUCAUGUCCUCAUUUCUGGCCUGAAAAUGUCGGAAAUUUAGUUAUUUUAGAGUUUUUUGAGGUUUGAUCUUUAUUUUAUAUGAAAGAGGACACUCUAAGGGACUGAGAGAAGUUGAUUUUUUCGGAAUCGGACCAUUUUAACCGAAAUUGUGAGUUUUUGAAGUUUACAUGUCAUGAUUUCUGGCAAGAAAUUGACGUAAAAUAGGAAAUUUCGGAACUUUUUAAGGUUUGAUCUCUAACCGGUAUAAAAGAGGACACUCUAAGGGACUGAGAGAAGUUGAUUUUUUCGGAAUCGGACCAUUUUAACCGAAAUUGUGAGUUUUUGAAGUUUUCAUGUCCUCAUUUCUGGCCUGAAAAUGUCGGAAAUUUAGUUAUUUUAGAGUUUUUUGAGGUUUGAUCUUUAUUUUAUAUGAAAGAGGACACUCUAAGGGACUGAGAGAAGUUGAUUUUUUCGGAAUCGGACCAUUUUAACCGAAAUUGUGAGUUUUUGAAGUUUUCAUGUCCUCAUUUCUGGCCUGAAAAUGUCGGAAAUUUAGUUAUUUUAGAGUUUUUUGAGGUUUGAUCUUUAUUUUAUAUGAAAGAGGACACUCUAAGGGACUGAGAGAAGUUGAUUUUUUCGGAAUCGGACCAUUUUAACCGAAAUUGUGAGUUUUUGAAGUUUUCAUGUCCUCAUUUCUGGCCUGAAAAUGUCGGAAAUUUAGUUAUUUUAGAGUUUUUUGAGGUUUGAUCUUUAUUUUAUAUGAAAGAAGACACUCUAAGGGACUGAGAGAAGUUGAUUUUUUCGGAAUCGGACAAUUUGAACCGAAGUUGUGAAUUUUUGAAGUUUUGAUGUACUGAUUUCUGGCCAGAAUUAGGCGGAAAUUUGGAUAUUUCGAAAUUUUUUAAGGUUUGAUCUUUAACGGGUAUGAAAGAGGACACUCUAAGGAACUAAGAAAUGUAGAUUUUUCUCGAAUCGGACAAUUUUGAUCGGAGUUAUGAAUUUUUGAAGUUUUUUUGUACUGGAUUCUAGCCGGAAAUUGUCGGUAAAUUGGAAAUUUUAGAACUUUUUAAGGUUUGAAUUUUAAAUGAUAUGAAAGAGGACACUCUAAGGAACUUAGAAAAGUUCAUUUUUCCGGAUUUGGACCUUUUGAAGGAGCUUUAUGAAUUUUCGAAAUUUUUAUGUACUGUUUUCUGGCUUGAUAUUGGCGGAAAAUUGGAUAUUUUGUAGCUUACAGAGCUUUUUUAGGUCAGAUAUGAAAGAGGAAACCCUAAGGAACUAAGAAAAGUUGAUUUUUUCGGAAUCGGACCAUUUGAACCGAAAUUGUGAGUUUUCGAAGUUUUCAUGUCCCGAUUUCGGGCCCGAAAUUGUCGGGAAAUUGGGUGUUUCGGAAUUUUUUAAGGUUAAAGUGAUAUGAAAUGAAGAAGAAUCAUGAUCUCAUGUUAAAAUUUCUCAUUAUUAAGAUAUAAUUUUUCCAGAAAAAUCCUCUCAAGCGGCUCGCUCCUACUGAACGACGUCACGCCUUCAGAUGAGGGGAACUAUCAGUGCGUCGUCCAUCUGACGUCGUCUUCAUCCUCAGCUUCUGCCCAAAUCACCACUUGGACAUUUCUCAGCAGACGGGCUCAGAUCAAGGUCGCCGACCUUUCCAAGUGAGUUUUGAACGAUAAUGGCAUGUUUAAUUGAGGUUACCGUUUCAUUUUAAAGUUAAAAGGUGACGAAAUUGUUAAUUUUUGUUGUUCAUGGUUCGUUAAAGGGAUGCUUUCGGGAGUUAGGGGAAAAAGUGGUCCCUAUAGGGGUUUAGGGUCUGACUCCUUAGCCACUAAAGCGGUCCCUACAGGGGUCAUGUAGUUGCCAAUUUUUGUCAUUUCUAUACAGUCAUAGUGGUCCCUCUAGGGGUUAAGGAGAAAAAAAGAGCCCUUAUGGGGGACAAAAAAAGUGGUCCCUCUGGGGUUAAGCGUCUGACUCCUUGAGUGGUCCCUACAGGGUUUUCUCUUUUUUUUUUUGAUUCAAAAGAGAAAAAAAGUAUUGCUAGCUUAGUGUCCCCUAUAGGGGAAGGUAAAGUGGUCCCUGAAGGGAGAUUUUCAAGGGCCCCUAUAGGGACCACUUUGGAGUUCUCCGCGAAAUGCCAAAGUAACCGUCAAAUAAUGAAAAAGAUAACUGAAUUUUGGAGAGUCAGAGAAAAAAUGUUGAUUUUUGGAAAAUUGCAUCUUCUUGAGAUAUUUCAUGAGAUUUUUUUAAUUUUUUUGAUUUUUUUGCCGCAACGCGACCGUGACGCUCUGAGCCAUUCCAAAUGCGGCCAAAUUUCAAAUUAAACUGGGUAAAACACUUUGACAGAUCUCUCUGAAAAAAAAUUUGAAAAAAAUUGAGAAAAAUUCAAAUUUUUUCUCUGGAUUAUCCGUGGAGCGCACUUUAUCAUGCCUAACCAUUUUUGACGGCUUUUUUUCAAAUCUUAUGUAUUUCUGAUGAUUUUUUUAUUGUAUUUUCCUUAAGAAUAUGAUAAUUUCUUCAGAUUCGAUGAGCAACCUGUCGACAGGAGCUUGAAUAAAGGACAACCGACCGCUUUUUAUUGUUCAAAUGUAAGCUUUUUUUAAAAAAAAACGAAAAAAAUCACGAAAUUCAGAAACUUCGACCUUCCCCUCGCGUUACCUGGUACCACAAUGAUAAGCCGAUCACGUCUGGACGUGAGUUUUUUGUAUUUUUUAAGAAAAAAAUGGUAGGAUUUGUACUGAAUAAAAAAAAUUUUUUUGUACAGAAAAUUAUCCCAAAUAGCUGUUUCAUCAUUUUUAUAAAAAUUAGUAAUGAAUUUUUGUUUCAAUGGGUCAGGUGUGUGGACUUUGGUACUUUGGUACUAAAUUGGUACUUUUUGAGCUAUAAAAUGAGAGGGUUUGUACUGAAAUUUUAAAAAAAGUUAUUCAAAUUACGGUUUUUAGAGAGUUCCUCGAUAUCACUGUUUCAAGAAUUUUUAUAAAAUGAACCAUGAAAUUUAAAUUUGAUCGAACCUUCUGUUUUUUUAUUUUUUUAAGAUUCGUGCUUUUCGACCAACAUCAGGAUAAGUACUGAAUUAUGAAAAAAAAAAAGUCGCCUAGGGGAUUUCCCUAAAUGACUGUUUUUCCGUACUUUUUGAGCUGAAAAUGGUGGGAUUUGUACUGAAUAAAAAGUGAAUUUAUUUGAAGUUACCAUUUCUAGAGAAUUUCUCGAUAUCACUGUUUCAAGAUUUCAAUAAAAGGAAUAAUGAAUUUUUGUUUCAAUGCUUCCUCUUCGUCUUCUUAAAAUUCUUCUUUUUGAGCUAAACAUUUUAGGAUUUGUACUGAAUAAAAAGUGAAUUUAUUUGAAGUUACCAUUUCUAGAGAUUUUCCCUAUAUCACUGUUUCAAGAUUUUUUUAUAAAAUAAAUAAAGAAUUUAAAAAUUUGAUGGACUUCUCUGCGUUUAUUUUAAAAUUCGUGCUUUUCAAAAAAUAAUGGGAUUUGUACUGAAAUAUUUAAAAAAACAUUUCUAUAAAAUCCCCCCGUUUGUACGUUUCAAGACUUCUAUAAGGUGAAUAAUAAUUUUCAGUUUUGAUGAUCUUUCUCUCGAAGCGCCUUUUAAGAAAACUUUAAUUUAUUAUUCACCUUUUUUUGCAUAUUUAACGUUUCGAGCCAUUUUUCAGUUUUUCAUGUCCCUCAGCUUUUUAAAUAUCGAAUUUUGAUCAAUUUGUAGCAAUUUUGGCUCAAAAAAAGUAAGGUUUUUUUAGUGGUUUUUCCAAGUCAUUAAGAUCUUCGAAAAAUUGGCUCCAGUUGUAUUUAAAUUUAUUUUCUCUUGGAAGAAUGCUUCAAUUAGUUUUUUCGAGGUCUCUGAGCCUUUAAAAGUUACCUCAAAACGUGAAAAAAUUUGUAUUGUGUUUGAAAAUUCCAAUUCCAUGAAGUUUUAAGCUACAAAUUUUGGAAUUUCAGCUUUUUUGAGCUGUGAGGACAUCAAAAAUCUGGAUUUUAUCAAAUUGAGACCUUUUUUCGAAAACAAGGAAGCGGAUUAAUAUUUUUCCAGCGUUUUUGAACCAUAAUUCUGCUAAAAAUUGUAUUUUUUUGGAAUAUUUUGCAAGACAAUUCGAAUUUUUCCGUUUUUUCAGCCAUUAAAACGGUCGAAAUUGGAAUUUUAUUGGAUAUAGACUUUUUUUUUCAAAAAUGAAGAAGCUCUUGACUAUUUAUUCCAGCUUAUUGAACGUUUAAAACUUCUCCUGAAACGUAGAAAAAGCGGGAUUUUGUGGAAAAAGUUAAACUAUAUCGAAAAACGCGUUUUCGUGAACUUUUAAGCUGCAAAAUUUGAAAUUUUCCACUUUUUGAGCUGUUUGAACGGACAAAAUCCGGAUUUUAUUGAAUGUAGACAUUUUCUUUUCAAAAAAUGAAGCUCCUAACUGUUUUUUUAAACUCUUCUCACUUCUAAAAUUGCCUUGAAACCUAGAAAAAACGAAAAUUUCCAGAAAAAAGCCCACAAUUCUGCUGAAAAAUGUCUUUUUUGGAAUAUUUUGCAACACAAUUCGAAUUUUUCCGUUUUUUCAGACAUUAAAACGGACGAAAUUGGAAUUUUAUUGGAUAUAGACCUUUUUUCAAAAAUGAAGAAGCUCUUGACUAUUUAUUCCAGCUUAUUGAACGUUUAAAACUUCUCCUGAAACGUACAAAAAGCGGGAUUUUGUGGAAAAAGUUAAACUAUAUCGAAAAAUGCGCUUUCUUAGACUGUUUUGCUACAAAAUUGUGUUAUUUUUCGUUAAAUACAAGUUUUUAGAGUUUUUUUUUGAAGUUCAAGUUUUUUUUGAGCCAUUCAAACUCUCAAAAUCUGAAUUUUUAAGCCUUUUUUUUUCAAAAAUUGAAGUUUUUUAGCACUUUUCCUAGCUCUUUGAACCUUUAAAAGUUACCUUGAAAGCUAGAAAAAACGAAAUUUUCCAGAAAAAAGCCCAUAAUUCUGCUGAAAAAUGUAUUUUUUUCGAAUAUUUCGCUACGAAUUACGAAUUUCAAAGAAUUUAGAGCUUUUUUUCAUAGAAAAAUGAAGCUUUCAAAUGUUUUUUUCUAGCUCUUCUAACUUUAAAAUUGCCUUCCAACUCUGGGAAAGACGAAAUCGUCCGGAAAAAAAUAGCUGAAAAACAUUCUUCGACUAUUUUGCUACAAAGUUGUGUUAUUUUUCGUUAAAUUCAAGUUUUGUAAGAGUUUUUUGAGCCCAGACUGUAAAUAUCUCGAUUUUUCAGAAAAUGAAGUUUUCAACGGAUUUUUCUAGAUCUUUGAACCUUUAAGAAAGUUACCUUGCAAUCCAAAAAAAAAACGGGAUUGUCCUUAGAAAACGGGUAAUUCGGCUGAAAAUUGCAUUUGGCCGUUUCGGGCCAUCACCAAUUCAAGGCCAAAUCUCUAGAGCCCCCCAUUCAGGGGCAAAAUGGCCGUAGAAGGGUCCUCAAGUUGGUCCGUUUCGAUCUGAGAUCCCCAUCUUUGAUAAGCGUCCGCUUGGGGUUCGGCCAGCGUUCCAUUCACAGAUUGACCCUUUCCGAGGGGUGCGUCUUAAUUUUGGCAACAGGGUUAAUUAAUUAGAAGGUUUUUAUGAGGAUUUGAGGAAUGUACUUUAAAUUUGAACGCAAAAAAUCGAGAAAAUAGGAUAAAAAUGUUAGGAACUCCAGAGUGCUCACUAUAGAGGUUAGGGGUCGAAUUAGUGGUCCCUAUAGGGGUUAAGGGUCGAAAAAGUGGCCCCUAUAGAGGUUAGGGUGUCGAAAAAGUGGUCGAGGGACCACUGCGUAGUUUCUAAGUAAUCCAAAAAAAUUAUGAAAAAAAGUUAUUUUAAGUUCAGAGUGGUCCCUAAAGGGGACCUUCCAAGGGCAACUAGAGGGACCACUCUGGAGCUCCUAAGGAUUCAAAAAAACAGCCGCUUCGGGGAUGCGCUUUAAUUUUGGGAAGAAAGAUAAUUAUUUUAAAAAAAAGAUAUGUCUUUCAGUUCAAAAAAAUCGAGAAAGAAGCUCGAAAAUGAGAUAGGUUCUUCACUUUCCAAAAUUUGGUUUGAGAUAUUUUUGGAUUUUUUUUUUCUUUCAAUGUAAAAGGUUAGGCAUUUUUGAUCGAAAAAAGUCAUUUUUUUAUUUCAAAGAAAAAAAAUCCUUUACUCAUGUCUUUACUGAUGUACACAGUACAAGAAGUGUUUGAAAAACGCGAUUUUUAAAUUUUCUUCCAGAAAAAAUUUCUAGCCACGUUUUUUCAGCCGAAUUCCACGUCCUUCCGGUAACCAAUACCCUGGAAAUCAGUUCGACCCAACCACGACACGAAGGAGUUUACAAGUGCGCGAUCGAAGGGGCCGGCAAACGGCGGGUCAGCCAAACCGCCCGACUCACCCUUACUUCAGGUCCCGAUCCUCCCGAUUUUCUCCCGAUUUUUGAGUUGAUUUCAGAAGAAACAACGCAGGAUUUGACCUUCAUCUCGACUCCCAAGCAGCAAAAUGCGGAAGAAGGCAAGGAUAUUCUUCUGGAGUGUCUGGCGACGUCGAAAAAUCGGCCCGAAGUUCGGUGGUUAGUGAGAGGGAAAGGAAAAAAGGCAUAGCGACACAAAAAUUGACUCAAAGACACAAAAAAGGGUCUAAAAAGACAAAAAAUGACCCAUAGGACACAAAAAUAACUCAAAAACGGAUACAGGGGCACAAAAAAAAAACCCAAAAGGCCCAAAAAAGUGGCACAAAUUCACAAAAAGUACCCAAAAACGCGAAAAAAGACCCAAUAGACGCAUAAAAAAGACUCAAAAACUCAAAAAAAUACACAAAGACACGAAAAACCAAAAAAUGACCCAAAGACACGAAAAAAUGAACCAAAGACACAAAAAAUACACAAAAAAGUUACAGGGACACGAAAAAAUGACCCUAAAGUCGCAAAAAGACAAAAAAUGACACAGGUAUACAAAAAAUGCCUCAUAAGUGGCGCAAAUAAGACCCAAAAGUCGUAAAAAUACCUAAAAGACACGUAAAAAGACCCAAACUCAAAAAAAAAAGACACAGGGACACAAAAAAUGACCCAAAUACACAGAAAGGAAAAAAAGACCUCAAAAAGACAAAAAUAAUAAUUUUACGUCUGAAUUUCUUGUAGGACCUGAAAAUUAGACAACUAGAUCCAGUUUUGUACGCUGAGUUCAACCUCAAAAAUUUCCAAACAGUUCUAUGAAAAUUGAUACGGUAAUACUCCGUUCAAAACUCUUUUUGAGUUAUUUUAAGAAGUAACUUUUUGAGCUUUUAAGUCGUUGAAAAAUUAAAAAGAUCAUUUUCAUAAGUGCGCAGUAAAAACUUCAUGCACAGCCAAAGUCCAAACGACCUCAAACAGGCCUUAAAAGAAUAGUCUAAAGUUCCUUUUUGACUUCCCAAAAAGGUGUCAGAAGUUUCUUGGAAUCUACUUCUUCCCGCCUUAUUUCUUUACCUUAAAAUUUAUACAAAGUCCAAACCGUCUCAAAAAGGACUUUUGGAAAAGAAUGUCUCUAAAAGGCUUCAAAGGUACCUUCUUUCUAGACUUUUUUCUGAAAAGGGCCUUUUAAGGAGGAAUAAAAUAAUGAGGCGAGGAAAAAAAAAAAUGAAGUUCCGAGAAACCUUUUUAGGGACUCAAAAGAGAAGCUUUAGACUCUCCUCUUUAUGGUCGUUUAAAAUUUUCCUCGUUUAGAACCCGUCUUCGGGACUUCAACCUUUCCAGUUUACUAGGAAUUGAUGUUUUUUGAAUAAUGUCUGCCGUCUUCUAGGCUGAAAGACUCCCGACAAUUAGUUGUCGAUGGAGCGCAUGUGCGUCGAGUUGGAAUUUCUUCUCUUCUGAUCCGCGCGGCGACCGUUGAGGACAGUGGGCUGUAUACUUGUCGGGUCAGCGAUCCGCUCGACUCCCUGGAUAAGUCUGUGGCCGUUUCUGUUCAAGGUAUCGCAAAAAUGGAAUUUCAGAUAGCUAUGUGAAUUUUGGAACUCUUUGAUAUUUAUUUUACUGGGGUACAUAGAACAUUAGUUGCUAUUAAAGGGACAUAGCUACAGAGAAAAAUUUAGGAGGGCCAGGAAAUCCAAGGUUUUAUAUCUCCUUAGGGUUCAGAUGUAUUUUUAAGCUCUCUGGAUCUAACCAAAGACUUUUUGAGACCUUUUAGUAGAGUUAUAACGACUUGAACUUAUCAUUUUCAAGGAGAAAAGGGAUUUUUGACCUUUUUAGGCGUUAAAAUGACAAAAAGUGUGACGUCUGAGCCAAUCUCUAGAAAAUUCUUUGUUUUUCUCCUUUUUAGGCCUGAAUUUCAAGGAAAUAUUUUUACCUUUUAAGAAAUCAAGGAAAAGAAGGAAUAGUUUGAAAGUCUUCCACAUCUAUAGCUUCAUCCUAAAGCAAGUUAAUCCAUCAUUUAUCCAAUCAAUCACUCAAUCAGUCCUCUGUUUCGUACACACGUCGGACAAAUUCUGUUGGGAUGGGGGGAGGGGGAAGAAGGGAAAUGUUAGAUCAGUGGACUGGAAAAAAAGUUGGGAUUGUUCGAAUUUUUUUAGAAUCAUUUUUUUCUGGUAUCAAGUCGAUUAGUUGUUAUAUCAGCAUGAGGAUUUUGAAGAAAAAUACGAUUUUUGAAAGUUUUUGAUGAUUUUUUGAUGUAAAAUGGAAUCAUAGUUGUAUCAGCAAGAAGUCUUGGAAAAAUUGGGAUUUUUUGAACUUUUAAAAUCAAUUUACAACGUCAAAUCAACAGAGGGACUUGAAAAAAGUUGGAAUUUUCGGUUUUUUAAAAUUAUUUUUGGUGUCAAAUCGUAAUAUUGUUAUAUCAGCAUGAGGAUUUUAAAUAAACAUUUGGAAUUUUCGGAAGUUUUAAUCAUUUUUUUGGUGUCCAAUUUAAUCUUUAUUACAUCAGCAUGAGGAUUCGCAACAAAAAUACAAUUUUCGGAAAUUUUCGAUCAUUUUUUGAUGUAAAAUCGGCAGGAGGACUUGAAAAAAGUUGGAUUUUUCGGGUUGUUUGAUCAAUUUAUAGUUUUUUUUUUAUAUAAGGUAUCAUUGAUGUAAUUUUCAAUAGGCUAGCACUUUGAAAAUUUCAAAAAAUCGAGUCAAAAUUAACUUUUGAGAUGGGUUAGGUACAAAUUUCUGACUUAAAAAAAUCAUUUUUUUGAAAAAAAUUGAGAAAAAAAGUGAGAAAAAAAUGAACGUUUUAGAGCUUAAAAAAAUGGUUGAAAGUCAUGAAAUUCACCUGAAAAAUUAGAAAAAUUCAUGUAUUAAUGGUCAUUAUUUGAGUCGAUAAGUGACUAUUUCAGAAGAGAAAUUUUUCAAUUUUUUUGUUAAAAAAAUAUUGAAAUUUGAGGUGAAAGCUUAAGAUAUUUAUAGAAUUUGAGGUGAAGCUUAAGAUAUUCCAUAGAAAUUUUCUACUAGUACUCAUUUAUUCAAGAAUUUCAUAAAAUUUUGGUUAUCUGAUGAAUUUUCAGCUUCCCCGCACAUAACCACGAGACCACAGUCGAAAAUUGCCCUAGAAACGGCGGAUGUUGAGGUUUUUUCCAUUUAAAAUAUACAGAAGAAGGAAUUAUACAGUUGGAAUGCCUGGCCUCCGGACAGCCCCCCGCCAAAGUUUCCUGGUACAAAAAUGGCGAAUCGAUCAUCGCCAGCGAAUAUUUCGUCGUCGAGCCCAAUAAGUGGGUACUUUUCAAGCUUCUGUUGGUUUUUAUGGGAUAAAUGAGCUUUCCCAAUGGAUUUGGAAAACUCCCGACCGCACUGGGAAUGGCUUAACGCGUUGCGGUCGCCUUAUGAAGCUUCGUUUUGAGAUGCUGACGAGCGCAAGCCGAUUUUGGUCGGGCGCAAAUUCAAAAUAAGCCUUGAGCCAUUCCCCAUGCGACCAAGAGAACGCAACGCGUUGCGGUCGCGCUGCGUUCCGAGUUCCAAGGCUUGUCUUUAGAUGCAAAAAAGUGCAAGCCGAUUCUGAUCGGGCGCAAGUUCAAAUUAUCCUUUGAGCCAUUCCCCACGCGACCAAGGGCCCGAUAAGAUUCUUUGAUUAACUCCGUUCAUAACGACUAUAAAUCCUCUGGUCGCACUGGGAAUGGCUUGACGCGUUGCGGUCGCGCUGCGUUCCGAGUUUCAUGGCUUGCCUUUAGAUGCCAAAGAGCGAAAGCCGAUUUUGGUCGGGCGCAAAAUCAAAAUAAGCCUUGACCCAUUCACCGUGCGACCAAGGGCCCGAUUAUUUCAAGAAUUGGCCCAAAAAUUUUUUUGGUUGCAUUGGGAAUGACUCAAUGCGUUGCGUUGGAUGCCGUUGAGCGCGUUGAAAAUCAAUAUAAGCCUUGAGCCAUUCCCCAUGCGACCAAGGGCCAAAUAAUUUCAAGAAUAUUCUUGAAAUUAAAAGAAAAAUCAUGACAAAUUGAUUUUUUUGAGGAUUUGUUCUCAGAAAAGGAUAAAAUACGUGUUUUUUUAAGGCAUUUUUUUCCCAUUCAGAUUACGAAUCCUGGGACUCGUUCGGGCGGACCAGGGCGUUUAUCAGUGUCUGGCCGAAAAUGAAUACGGCAGCGAGCAAGCUUCUUCUCAGCUUUUGAUCGAUGCUGCAGGUUCUUUUUGCCCCUUUUUUUCAAAUUUAAAUUUUGAAAAAUUUCGGUUUUUAAAUUAGAUUCCCGUUUCAGACUUUUUAUCUAUCCUUAAUUUUUCAUUUCAACCUGCUCCUCAUUUUUGGUGGUAUGAAAUUUUCAAUCCUGUCCUCAUUUUUGGUGGUAUGAAAUUAUUUGUUAGUAAAGGUUUAGAGGAAAAAAAAGAGUAAGUGCGCUCUAUUGACAAAUGUAGGUCGCAAAAAGGUUUUUCUGUGGAAUUUCAGAGUGUUCCCUAUAGGGGCAACCUUAGGGGCCCUUGGAGGCCCUCUAGGGACCACUAAAGAUUGAAAAAGUGGCCCCUAUAGGGGUACUGCUGCUCGAUAAUGGUUAUGAACUCUGAGCGAAGAAGCAUUUCCAUAGGAAAAAUUGAAAACAUAAGCUUUUUUUGAAUGAAAUAGAGAGACCCCUAUAGGGUCCACUUGAGCUUUAGGGGUUAAGGGGUCAGACCCUGAAUCCCUAUAGGGACCACUUAGAUUUUUCCCCUUUAGGGAUCACUUUUUCGUCUCCUAAAAAAACCCUAUAGGGACCGCUCUGUUUGGUGAUUAUUUGAAAAAAAGAUUCCAAGCUAAAAAAAAAUCUUGGAGUCUGACCUGUCUGCGCUCUCUCUUCCCUCGCCGCCGAGGUCAGAGAAAAAUGAAAAUAUCAUGUAAUUAUGAGAGAGUUUUGCCAGACAAUAACUGGAAACCAUGACAGAUCCGAUGUCAACCUCAACUCGAAGGCUUUUUUUCCCCGAAAAACCGCCAAAAGUUUCCCUUCCAACUAGUCAGCGGCCAUUUGCUGAUGGUUUGUUGGUCUUUCGGCUGAAAAUUAACUUUUUUCUUUGGUUUUUCUAACGUUUUUUCCUCCACUUUUGAGUUCAAAAAGACAGGAAUUUUGAGCCUGAAAAAAAGGACUUUUUUCACGGCUAGUGCGCUCCAUUGAGAAAGUCCCUUCAAAUGAGCAGAAAAUCCUGAAUUUUGAGAGAUUUAUCCGUGGAGCACACAUGUGCAUAAUCACUGUGGCUGGAAUUUCCAUUCUUGAAAAAAAAUUUUUUUUCGAACUUUUUUCCACCACAUUAGAUACCGGGGGUCCUUCUUAGGGUAAAAAAAAUAUAUCGGAAUUUCCCCCAUAAAAAAAAAGUUUUUGACGUUUAGUGCGCUCCAUUGAAAACGUUUUCGUGAAAUGACAAGAAAAUCCUGGAUUUUGAUAAUUUUGUCGGUGGAGCACACAUGUGCAGAAUUAAUGUGGCUGAAAAUUCCAUUUAUUUUAUUUUUUAUAUUUUUUUAACCCUUUCUGCAUUUUCUGAAUUUUUUUCGAUGACAAGUUUUUUUCACACGAGUGCCCCCCAGUGUUCUGCUAAUCACUAACAGUCUUUCUGAGUUUCUUUGUAUUUUAAUUUUUAAUUCGAAACUGAAGUUGGGAAAAAAACGGCUUUUUUUGAUAUUCACAUUUGAAAUUUCAUCAGAAAAAUAAUAUUUUAAGAUUUUGUUUUUUUGAGAACGAAACAUUAAUAAAAUUCCUUUUUUUGAAAAAAACCUUUAAAAAAAUUAUUUGAAACGUAUGAGAAGUUGGUGUUACGGGCAUUUUUGAAAUUCUAGAUUCGUCAAUUUUUUUUGAAGGAGAGCGUGGAAAAAAAUUAUUUAAAUAUUAAAAAUCACCUUAUUGAUUUUUUUGAGAAGAGAUUGUAUUUAAAAAUAUUGGUUUUGAUGAAUUUUAACCGUUUUUUUGGUGGAAAGUUGGUUUUAACGUGUUUCUUUGCUAUUAAAAAAAUGAACCUAACUAUUUUUCCGAUGAUUUUCAAUGAUUUAUAAGAACUUAUUGGGUUUUUCUUAGUUGAAUUAGAGAAAUCAGAUUGAAAAAUAUGAUUUUUAAUGAACUUAAUUUGGUUUUUUUGAGUGUUUCUUUGCUACUAAAAAAAGAACCUAACAUGAUUUUGAAAGUUCUCCAGAGAAAAAUAAGUGAUAUUUUUUUGAAGAUUCCUCGUCUCUCGCCGCUUCUUCAGGACAACCCGUCGUUUCUUCGCCGCCCCUCGGCUUGAGAACCACUUCUAUCGGUAUUUUAUUCAUUUUUUGAAUGUUUUAUCCUGUUUUUUAAUGUUCAGAAUGAGCAUCAUUUAAUUAAAAUAAGUUAAAAAUUUCUAUAAAAAUCAUUUUUGGGACUUUUUAAGAGCUUAGAUCAUUUUUUUUACACUUUGGGACUUGAAAAAAACCAAUAAAAAGUUAUUCGAUGCUUUAAUUUUGAGAUUUUUUUCGGAAUUUUCGUGAUAUAAAUAUAUUGGAAAUGUUUUUUUGCCAACCCCUGAAAUUACUGAAACUGAGAAGUCAUGAAAAAAAGAGAAAAUGCAUUUUUUUAUCACUAAAGGAUGGGAUUUUUGAUAAGUUAUGAUGGAAAAAAAUCGAAAUCAGAUCGAAAAAUCGCGUUUUUUUCUACAGGAUCUGCAACGUUUAGACAUUUUUUUUCUUUGGAAACUAGAUCUCUUUUUUUCAAAUUUUUCAUGAUGAAUAUUAUUCAUUUCAGCUUAAAAAAAUAUGUAAAAAAAGUAUUUUUUUUAUAGAUGAAAAAUAUAACAAAAAAACCAAGCUUUAAGAGUUUUCUAAGGAUCUUCAGAAGAAUUAUUAGAACUUUUUGAAAGAAAAUUCAAUUUCCUAACUUCAAAAAUCGACAUUUUUCCAGGAAGCCGGUUCAUCGCGUUGGUUUGGGACAAGCCUCUUGAGGGAAAUGGAAAUAUCAUGAGAUAUCAUGUCUUUUUCCGAGAAGCUGACAGCGAUCGGUUGGUUUUAAACGGAAAAUAGGUUUUCAGAAGGUUUUAGAAAAUUUUUAGACGAUUUUAAAUGCUGGAAAUGAAAAAUGAGGAAGGUAUCUUGUUGGAAACUAAAAAAAAUAUAAAAAGUUAUAAAAAAAAGCUUACCAGGAGACCCUUAGAAAAAUUUUGAACCUAGAAAGGCAGAAAUGGGAAAGAUACUUCAUCUUAAACUACAAAAAAAAGGAAAAUCGAAUAAAGAGUGGAUUUUAUAAAAAAACAAUUGGUAAAAAAAUAUGUUUUAUCAAAAAAAUAACUGUAACAAAAAUUGAGCGCAUUUGAUGUUUUUUUCCAGAAUAUAUUUUUUUAAAACUAUUAUUCUCACCAUUAAUUGAAUUUCCGACACCGGAAGAAAGGUUAGGAAAAGUUUUAUAAGGCAAAUGAUCCUUUUUGGAAACUGUUUCAGCUGAAUUUUUUUCAUCGAUUUUCAAAAAAAUUUAAUGUAGACAUUGUAAAAAAAUCCCAUUGGAAGCCUUUCCUUGAAGCUUCUGAUGAACUGCCAAAGUUUAUUUCAAUGUUUUUCCAGGGAACGAAUGAUGAACUCGUCGACUUUAAGUGUUACAAUCACUUCCCUGCAACCCUCAACGGCCUAUAUUCUGCGGGUUGCCGCAGAAAAUGAAGCCGGGAUGGGAAAAAUGAGCGAGCCGCUCAAAGUUUCCACCAAUAAAGAACGUGAGGAGAAGUUUCUGGAUUUCUUUUUCAAAAAAACGAGUUAUAUGAAAUUUCAAAUAAGGCCAGAAAGUUUGGAGUAAAAAAGACACAAAUUGAAAAAAAAAAAAAACGUGACAAGAUUUUUCAAAAGCGAUAUCGCUGGCGCCAUCGUUAAAGUACUGCGUUUUUAGCCGCGUCGGUCUUUUUCUUGGCGCGAUAUCGCGUUUUGCAAAUUUUUAUCAUUUUUUUAAGUGCCUGAGAAAUGCGGGAGAAACGCGAUGUCGCGCCAAGAUCUCGUAUUUUGAAAAUUUUGAAAAUUUGUUUGAAUUGUUUGAGAAAAGCGGGAGAAACGCGAGAGAAACGCGAUGUCGCAUUUUUCGCGCGCGACGCAUUUUGAGAAUUUACAAACUUUGUUUGGAGUGCGUAAAAAGUGCGAGCGAAAUGCGAUGUCGCGCCAAAAUCUCGCAUUUUUCUAAGCACGAUUUCGCAUUUUGGGAAUUUUCAAGUUUUGUUAAUAGUUCGUAAGAAGCGCGAGAGAAAUGCGAUGUCGCGCCAAGAUCUCGUAUUCUUUUAAAUUUUCACAUUUUUUGGGAGUGCGUCAGAAAAGCGAAAAAAACGCGAUGUCGCGCCAAAAUCUCGCAAUUUGAGAAUUUGAAAAUUUCGUUCAAAGUGUGUGCGUGCCCGCGGCUACAAAACGAUAACACUUGCGAUAUCGCCAAUAUUCCGCCAACGAUAUCGCUUUUAGCUCGCGCCGGAAGUUAUCUUUAUCGUGGUUGCAUAUAAGAAAAAAAUGUUCAGAAGCGGUCCCGGGACGUGUCACUUCCUUGAUAGCCACUGCCCUCGGACCACAAACGAUCGAAGUUCGAUGGGAUCCGCCGGCGGGAGGACAACCAGCCCAGCGAUAUCGCCUCUUCUAUUCGCGCGAUCCGCCCGAGGAGAACGACAAGGAAACGCAGAUCACUGUUUGUUCUUGCCGUGAAAAAUAAUGGUCAUAGCCGAUUCUAGACCGCCGCCACUGUCUACACUCUGCAUGGAAUGGACAAAUACACGAGUUAUUUGGUCCGAGUCGAGGCGGACGGAGAAAAUGGCAGUGGGCUGAGCAGUGAGCUUGUCAAGGUACAGGGAAAGUGUGAAAAAAUCGCCGCGAAAAAAAAAAAUGACGACAAGAAAAAAAAUGGUAUAGACCUGGAGGGUAUAGCCGCCGUAGGAAAAAUUAAUGAAAAAUGAGUUGUGAAAAAAUAGCCGCGGCUUCCGCGCUCCACGGCUAAUUUUGAGCCAAGAAGCUGGAAAAUUCUAGUUUUUUACCUGAAAAAAGAUGGUAUGAAAAAAUAGCCUCGUUAGUCUUCGAUUUCGCGCUCCACGGCUAAUUUUGAGCCAAGGGACGAGGAAAUUCUAGUUUCAUUAGUACCAAGUUUACAGUGCUUCAAGAUUUUCCUAACAAGCUGUGAACCAAAGAAAAAUCGUUUAAAAAUCCCUAAAACUACAAAAAUCUGCAAGUUAGCCUUGGAGCUCAUUUACACCAAAAAAGACGGCUGUUUUUGAAUAUUCAAUAAACUGAUGAUGAUAAGGAUGAAAUAUAUUUUGCCAUGAGACACAAAAAAGGAUGUUUCAGUUUUUGAUUUUUCCAGGUGAGAACCUUCUCCGACGAGCCUUCUCUACCGCCCCAAAAUAUCAAUGCGGAAGCCGAAUCUUCAACAAGUAUCAAGGUCACCUGGUCCCAACCGGAGGAUGAGACCGUCAAUGGUGAAAUCACCGGAUAUCGGUCCGUUUUUGAAGAAAAAUGGGAAAAAUUCAAAUGCAGGAGUGGAAACUGUACUAUACUAGAAAAGUGCAAAAGUACUCAAAAAGAGAAAUUUUUUGGGAUUUUUCGGUUCUCAAGUUCUGUAAGAAUCAGUAUAGCCAAUUCACGGGAGGCGUGGCCUGUCUGUUUUUGAAGAAAAAUUGAAAAAAUGCAAAUUCAGAAGUGGAAGCUGUACUACACUAGAAAAGUGCAAAAGUACCCAAAAAACGGAAUUUUUGGGAUUUUUCGGUUCCUAUUCAUCCCAAGUCCUAUAAGAAUCAGUAUAGCCAAUUCACUGGGGGCGUGGCCUGUCUGCGCUCUCCACCAUCCAGACACUAUUUCUUUCCUUAUCGUGUCAGGACCCGUUUUUCGUAGUUCAAGCUAUACUUUUAACUAACUUCAAAAUGUUUCUUAUGAUUUCCCAUUUUCAGGCUGAAAUACAAGACGAAGGCUCGUGGAAGCAAGGGAAAUACUCUGGUGAUCGACGCGAAUGUCCACGAGUACACGAUGGCCGGAUUGGAGCCCCACACUCAUUAUCUGAUCCGGAUGGCCGUCGUUAAUCAUGUAAUCACUUUGUGACGUCAUGUGAAACAAGCGUGAAAAACAGAAAAUAUUAAAGGCGCAUGUUCAAUGAGUUAUGAGACGGAUCGUUUCUCAUUUGAAAAAAAAAAAACGCAAUUUUUCUCGUGCCGUGUUCAAAGUGAUUCCGCGAAAUUCAAAAUAGCCGCCAAAGAUUGAAAAAUAAAACUGAAUUUCGAAAAUUCAGAGAUGAUUUUAAAUUUCGCGAAAAUCAUUUCGAACACGGAAUGUGCGAGAGCGCCGCAGUGCAUGCACACUAAACACUGAACUUCACGGAAACAAUAAAAAAAAACGCCAUGUCCCAAAGUUCCAAAAAUCAAGAUUUCUGUCCCUGGUUUCUCAUCCAUUUUUCCUGUUCCUUGACUAGAAAUUAUCCAUUUAACAAGGAAAUUCCUUUUUUUUUCGCCGAAAACUUCUUGAAAAGUCUAACCUGCAAAACUUCUUAGUUUUUGAGAAAACAAGGGCUGAAAGCUUGGAAAUAGCUCCUAGCAGGUUGAGGCUUUUAUCUGAAACAUCAACCGUCAAAAAACCCUUGUGAACAAAAAAGAAGGUGUUGUUUCAGAACGGAACUGGCCCCUACUCGGAUUGGCUCUCCGUAGAUACUCCAGCUCAAGACAAGGAAGAGCGACUUCUAAGCGCCCCGAGAGAAAUUCGGCCUCACGCCGGAAUGGACUACAUCGUCAUUUCUUGGCUCCCGCCAGCCGAUGAGACGAAUCUCGUCAGGGGGUAUCAGGUUAGUAUUGCUCCAGAAGUCUGAUAUCUGAAAAGAUACGGUAUCUCAAAAGUUUUCUACAGUAACCUCUAAAACAGUCGUAAAUUUCAUUACACAUCGUUCCGCCUAGAUGUUAGUCAGACAAAAAAGUACCGUAACCCAACAGUGCUCCACAGUAACCCAUGAUGUCACGUACUGUAAAAUUUACCAAAAUCCCAUUACCAAUCGAUUGGUAUACAUAAUGACUGGGAAAAACUGAUUGGUCUUCGAAUACGCAGCUGGUCUACCGUAACCUGGCUACAGUAGGAUCGAAAAUCUUCAAAUUUAGAUUAUUUGGGCUUUGGUGCUUUUUAGAUGAACUGUCUAAAAAAAAAGCGCAAAAGAAAGUACCGUAUCCCAAAAGUUUUCUACAGUUCGUUUAGAUAUCACCUGUCUACCGUAACCUAGCUACAGUAUGAUCGAGAAUCUUCAAAUCCCGAUUAUUUGGGGCCUUGUCGUACCUGACAUUAGUUCAAUGACAUGAAAGUACAAAAGAAAGUACCGUAUUCCAAAAUUUUUCUGCAGUUCGCCUAGAUACUAUUCGUCUACCAUAACCUGGCUACAGUGUGAUCGAAAAUCUUCAAAUUCCGAUUAUUUGGGGCCUUGGCGUACUUACGUCAGUUAAAUAAUCUAAGAACGUACAAGAAAAAAUACCACCUUUCAACCGUAACCUGGCUACAGUAGAAAAAUCUUUCAGAUCGGUUGGGGCCUCGGCGUGCCUGACGUCGAAGUGGAACGAGUUGGAGCUUCGGUGAUGCAGCACAAGAUCGUCCGACUUCAUCCGGGACGCGAUUAUGUCGUCUCCCUCCGCGCUUUUAACAGCCAAGGACAGGGAUUCCCGAUCUAUGAGACUGUGAGGUGAGGAAAUGAUGUCUUGACACGAAAAAUGACUUUUUUGCUCUUGGUUACUGUAUCCAAAGUUUAGAGGGUUCUAGAGAGUAUAGUUAACUUGUUUUUGAACCACAGGAAACUGCUUUGAAAAAGAAAAGUUUCCAUACCAUUUCUGACGUUUGCCUUUAGAAUGUCUGACCUGUCUGGACUCUCUUUUGUCUAACCAGGAAAGAUGAAUGACGAGAGUAAAGAGAGUGCAGACAGGUCAGAGUAUUUCAUGUCGUGAGCUGUAGAGGUUUGACUACGAGAAAUGUAGGUACAGAAUGAAUAAGGUUCAAAGUCGAAAAAAUGAGUCUUGAAGCGAAAAUGACCUUUUUGUUCUUGCUUACUGUAUCCCAAGCUCUAGAGAAUGCGGUCAGCUAGUUUUUGAACCGCGGAAAGCUGCUUGGAAAGUUGGAACAAGCUUUUUUUGUCACACAAAACUUUUUAUGUAUACCAAAAAACUUUCUGACCUGUCUGGACUCUCUUUUGUCUAACCAAGAAGAAGAACAUCGAGAUGAAAGAGGGCGCAGAGAAGUCAGACAAGCUAUAGAAAUUUUUGGCAUUUUAGUGUCAUUUUCGAUGAACUGCGGAAAACUGUAGUGGCCACUCAAGUGGCUCUCCUAGGACUACUUGGAGAGGACACUAAGGUGGCCACUUUAACUUCUACUAUAGAAGUCAUUUUUUUGGGUAGUAGUUUGAGUAGCCUGGUAGUACCUUUCAGACUUCUAAAGGUCCCUAAAGCUCCCAGAAUUGCAAUUUUUCAAGGACCCUGUCCCGAGAAUCGACCCUGAUGACUGAGGAAGAUGAUCACGACGUGAUGCUCGACGGAAACGGGGAUGUCUCGACUCCUCUUGCUGUCAGAGCUGAAACUCUCUCUUCAACUUCGAUCCGAGUUUCCUGGACCGAAAGCGACCAGAACGCAUUCAACACCCUUUACACUGUCCGCUACAGUACCAGGUUGGGUCUUGAGGCGUUCAUUUCAGUCAAAAUUCGAACCGUGUUACUUCUAAAUGACCUUGAAUCUCCACCCCCCAAAAUGUAUCCUAUUCAUUGAAACUUCCUCAGUGUCGACGGCAACCAACAACGCUACGUGAACACUUCGGAAACGUGGGUGACGAUCGAAAGUCUUCGGCCGGCGACCGAGUACGAAUUCGCCGUCAGAUCCGUCGCCGGCGGCUUCAGCACCUGGAGUCUCGCCACUAGGAAUCGGUAGCAACAGAAAUAUAUAGUUCAUGGAAUAAAUGAUCCAGAACGAGCUCCGCGACGCCUUCGUCAGCUCCUAGAGACCUCACGGUCCUUCCGGCGGAAUCUGGAGAUCCUCAUUCGGUUUCGCUCCAUUGGCAGCCGCCCAAGUACGCCAAUGGCGACAUCGAAGGUGAGCAACUACCUGUCUUUCAAAGAAAUUUUGAAAAAAGGAGAAAGUUCGAAGCUUUUACUAGCUUAGUCCUUUCCUUGGACACUUCUGAAUUUUCCAGGAUUCUUUGGGCUUGUAAAAAAUCCAGAAAAGGAUAGGAAUUCGGAAGUUUUCUCUUAAGGGAUUACUUGGAUCUUAGAAGACAGUCCUUGGCCUUUUUCUCAAUAGUUAUUUUCACAAAAAGUGGCCACUUGAGGGUUUUUGUCUUCCAAAGAGACUGGUAAGUGCUCAGUGCUCUUGAAAAUUCAAAGAAAUUGGAAUUUUCCCCUCAAGUGGCCUCUUGGAGCUUCAAGGGUAUAUUUAGAUGAUUUUUUCGGUUUUCUGGAUCUAUCAUUCAAGGUUUUCAGUACUAAAGAUGAUUCAGUUCAGUCAGCUCAAGCUUGAGAAAAUAUUUGUAGAUGGUUCUCACUAGAAAUUCUGAAGUUUCCUCUUAAGUGGUCACUUGGUUCCUUGAUGACAUUUUUAGACGGCCCUUGGCUUUCAAUAGCUUUGGAAAAAAAAAUCAUUUAAGGGGCCACUAUUUGGUAAGAUCUCAUCAAUUCUUGUAAUUUUUAGAAAAAAAAAAGGAAAUUGAAUGUUUCCCCUCAAGUGGCCUCUUAGAGCUUCAAGGGUAUAUACAGAUGAUUUUUUAGGUUUUCUGAAGAGACCCCAGUACUAAAAAUGUUCCUCGAGCUUGGGAGAAUAUUUGAAGAUGGUUAGCCAACUUUUCAGAGUACUUGAUCUACUACACGGACCGUGAGUCAUUGGCCGACAAAGACUGGAUCAUCAACUAUGUGGGCGGCGAGAAAUUGUCCCACCAAGUGAGCAAUCUCCUCCCCAAGGCCAGCUACUUCUUCAAGAUCCAGGCUCGGAAUGAGAAAGGUAUGAGGGGGAAAAGAUCAAAAUUUCAACUUUACAGAAGAAAAAGAUUGAUUUCUUGAGUUUUUCUACCAAAAAGCUACCGUAUGCCGAUUUCGCUUCGAGACCUGUAUUUUUAUCUCAAAGCGCAAAAAAAUAUUUAAAGUAGGAUUUUUCCUGGGCAUUUCAUCACCUUGUCACGUUUUUAUCUACCGAAAAGAAAUAUUAUACUUUUUGUGCAAAUUCCGCUGUGUUUUUGCAUUUUUAGCGGAAAAUAAAAGGUGUACGGUAGCUUUUUUUCAGCUGUGCUUUAAAAUUUUGACCAUCUGAUUUUUUGGGCCAAAACUUUGAGAAUUGAUCAAUUUUUCAACUGACCCAGCGUGUGAAUUUUUUUAAAAUUCACUAUAGGUCCGAAUCUUCGAAAAUUAGAGAGUACUGACAAAUAGGAGGGUGUUUAGAGAAAUAGAAAAAAACUGCUCUCUCAAUUUUGAACGCUCUCUAACUUCCAGCGAUGUAGAUAAAACUGAAACAUUACGAGACGCUUAGGGGGGAGGGGGGUUACGGUAGCUGUUUUUUAGCUGUGUUUUAAAAUUUUGACCAUCUGAUUUUUUGGGCCAAAACUUUGAGAAUUGGUCAAUUUUUCAACUGACCCAGCGUGUGACUUUCAGAAAUUGAGAUACGCUCAAAAUCAAAGUUAGAGAGCACUGAAAAACAGGAGAGCGUUCAGAGAAAUAGAAAAAAACUGCUCUCUCAAUUUCAAACGCUCUCUAACUUCCAAAGAUGUAGGCAAAAUUGAAAAAUUAAGACUUUUUACUAUGUCCCAAGCGUGACCCAACCAAGGCCCAACUUUCCAGGCUACGGCCCUUUCUCGGCGACCCACGCCUACACUCCGUCUGGCGGAGUCGUCCUUUCGGAUUCCGCUUCGAGAGAUCGAAAUUCGAAAACGAAGGGAGCUGGAGGGUUCUCGGCCCAUUGGCAGAACCUCGGAGAUUUUGUAACCAAUAAUUUUCCACUGGUCAUUGCGGUCGCCGCGAUUCUGGUCGCCUGUCUUCUGGGAUGUGUCCUCGUCUUUGUCUGCUGUCGGAAGAGGUUCGGUUUUUGGGCUUCUUGAUUUUCUGUGGAUGGAGAUUUGGUAGACUUUCUGUAGACUUUCUGUAGAUCGUUAGAGUAGGAAAUUCAGAAGUUUCGAGAAAUAUUUUUAAACUGGUUUUAGGUUUUUAGGUUUUCAUAUGAAUGAUAGAAUAGCUUGAAGAAACGACAGAGUGGUCCCUAUUGUAGUUAGGAGAAAAGACAGCUCCUCUAAGGACGAAAAAGUGGUCCCUAUAGGGGCUCACAUGUCAGGAUCUGACUCCUUAGCUCUAAAAAAUUAAGUGAUCCCUUUAGGGAUUAUGGGAAAAAUACUGCCCUUAAGGGACAAAAAAGGGUCCCUAUAGGGGUUUGGAUCUGACAUCGGAGACCCUAAAGCUCAAGUUAUCCCUACAGGAGUUAGGGGAAAAGACAGAUACUCUAGAGACGAAAAAGUGGUCCCUAUAGGGGCUCACAUGUCAGGAUCUGACUCCUUAGCUCUAAAAAAUUAAGUGAUCCCUUUAGGGAUUAUGGGAAAAAUACUGCCCUUAAGGGACAAAAAAGGGUCCCUAUAGGGGUUUGGAUCUGACAUCGGAGACCCUAAAGCUCAAGUUAUCCCUACAGGAGUUAGGGGAAAAGACAGAUACUCUAGAGACGAAAAAGUGGUCCCUAUAGGGGCUCGAGAUCUGACCCCUGAAUAUUGAUAUUUCUCAAGUUGAGCUAUGAAAAAAGUUUUAAGCUAGCAAAUUUCAUUUUUUUUUUCUUUACCUUUACCCUCUUUUUAAGUACUAGAACCGUUAAUAAACCCCUACCAAAUCCAGAUCGAAGAAUGGCUACACCUCUGGCAAGAAGACGAGCACGACGAAUCAUGGAGCUGGAGGACCGGCAACCGAUUUGUGGAUCAAUCCGAAUGGGACUCAUAUGAGGGCUGGAGGUUCUUUUUUCUUCAUAUUUGUAUGCCUGACCAUUUUACAACUUUUUCAAACCUUCUCGAUUUUCUCAAAAAUAGUCCUUCUUUGCGAUCUCUGCGGGUCUCUCAUGUUGACGUGCUAUUUUCAUGUUUCUCUGACCUCACCGGUUUCAGAAACCAGUCCGCAGUUUAGAGAGCACGGUGAACUUGGAGGGAGCAGAAUAUUACUCUCCUCGUUCUAUACACUGUCUAAGGAUCUGCGCGCAUAGAGAACACGGUAAACUUGGAGGGAGCAGACUCUCCACGUUUCACACACUGUCUAAAUAGGUCCUCAGACAGUUUGUAGAACGAGGAGGGUACAUGUCUGGUCCUUCCAAGAUUGCCAUACUCUCUAAUGCGCGCUACCCUGCCUUUUUUCUAACGAGGUGAGGGAACAGAGAGACGCAGACACUCGAAAAUCAUCCAUUUGGUGACAAGCUUGCGCCCGAGUCAUUUUGCAUGUCGAUGAUUCGAAAUUGCUUCAGCUUCCGACUACAUGGUCGAUGGCCUUGCAACCGCGCACCUCACUGCCGCUGCCGACGUUGAUUCGCCGCCACCACGCUAUCAACACGUUCAAGGUACUGUAUAAUAAGCUUGGAACGCCCAAACUUAGAUUUGAGCCAGAAGUUUCAAUAUCCAGGGUGAAGAAAAGGAGUAGGUUUCAAGAAAAAACGCUUAGAAUCUUUCAAAUCCUCGAAAAGCUGAUUCUGCACACCAAUUUAUGUAUUUUGUCUUCUGGAAAGCUUAGGAAGCCCUUAUGAUAUCGCUGAACCGAUUCAAUCUCUUUCCUUGGUUCAAAUCACUUUUUAAAAAAUCGAGUCCAUUCACAAGCACUUGAAAAUUUUAAAGGCGCAUAGAGGUCUCAAAAAAAUGGCCUGCGCCUUUAAAGUAUUUCACGAAUGAACUUUACUGUAUUUUCUAUUGCCCAUUCCCAAAAGCCCUAAAAAUUUAAAGGCGCAGGGAGGUCACUGGAAAAUGGUCUGCGCCUUUAAAGACCUCUGAGAGCUGUUAUGAAUGGACUAUACUGCACAUUCCUCUAUUUCCUUGGUUCAAAUCACCCGGAAACUUGCAAGAUGUAAAUGGAAGUUUAAAGGCGCAUGAGGGAUCUUCAAAAUAUUUCGUUUAAUACCAUGCGCCUUUAAAAAGUUCCUAAAGCUUCCGUGAUUGUACUAUAAUGAACUUUCCUCUGUUUCCUUGGUUCAAAUCCUUCCAAAACAAUCGAGUUGAUUCACAAAGGCCUUUGGAAAUACUAAAGGCGCAGGCAGGUCGUGGAAAUCGCCCUGCGCCUUUAAAAAGUUCAGAAAGCUAUUGUGAUUGUACUAUACAGAUCUUUCCUUUGUUUCCUUGGUUUAAACCACUUUUUAAAAAUCGAGCUUAUUUACAAAAGCACUAGGAAAAUUUAAAGGCGCAGGGAGGUCACUUAAAAAUGGUCUGUGCCUUUAAAAACCUCUGAGAGCUGUUAUGAAUGAACUAUGUUGCAUUUUCCUCUGUUUCCUUGGUUCAAAUCCUUCCAAAACAAUCGAGUUGAUUCACAAAGGCCUUUGGAAAUAUUAAAGGCGCAGGCAGGUCGUGGAAAUCGCCCUGCGCCUUUAAAAAGUUCAGAAAGCUAUUGUGAUUGUACUAUACAGAUCUUUCCUUUGUUUUCUUGGUUUAAACCACUUUUUAAAAAUCGAGCUUAUUUACAAAAGCACUAGGAAAGUUUAAAGGCGCAGGGAGGUCACUUAAAAAUGGUCUGCGCCUUUAAAAACCUUCAAAAGCUGUUAUGAAUGAACUAUACUUCACUUUCCUGUUUCUUCGGUUCAAUUCACUUUAAAACAAGCAAACUCCACGCUUCUCCGUUGCCCCAACUACAGAGCCGAGCCAGCAAGCGAGAGCCGCCCUCGAGGGAUCCCUUCACGAGGACGUGCGCGUCUCCCUCGAAAGGGCGCACCCCCACCAUCUGCCGAGCCGCUCCCCGAUGCGACAGUCGUUGUCCUCCUAUGGGAAAGAGGACCUCGCCACUUGUCUUUCUCCGACUUGUCCCUUCGUGACAAAUCCCGCCGUCGUCUCCCCUAGUGUCAACCCGAAAUUCAGUAGGUGUUGUGUGGUCCUCGUCUUGCUGGAUUUUAUAGCCUGGAAAAAUUAGCUUGUUAGGGAAAAUGCGCUCCACUGAUAAUUUUUUUUUGUGAGCUUCUCAUUUAGACCGGGCGUGCUCCGGACGUUUCUGAGAAUUUCUAGGGAUCACGGCUGAGAAUUCAAAUUUGAGUUUUUCGCGCCAUUAGCCUUGGAGCGCACUUUCAUUGACGAGUUUUCGAGGCUAUUUUGUGCUAGCCUGGAAAAAUGAGCUGGGUUGGGAAAAUGCGCUCCACGGCCAACUUUCGGUGAAUUUUGACACUGGUAACGCAAACCGGACGACUCUUGAACGUUUCAGACCCAUUUAGUGAUCCCUUAAGUGCACUGACGAAGCUGAGAAUUCAAAUUUGAGUUUUUCGCGCCACUAGCCUUAGAGCGCAAUUUCAUUGGCGAGUUUUUCAAGGCUAUUUUCCAGCUUUUUUCGGUUUUUUUUUUUUCUCCUUCUUCUCAAAUCUACUGGUGGUUUUCUCUCCGUGGUCCGUUUUGCAUGAUUUUUCUAAGGUCUGGAAUUUUUUUUAACGACUAUCUAACCCUUCUACGCUGUUCCAACACAUUUUUUGAAUUAUUUGAAAAUCGCGAGUUCUAAAAAAAAUCUCUAACAUUAUUUUCACGUCAAUGGGCUGUUCUAAGUUGCUUUGAGCCAUUCCGCGUGCGACCAGUUUUAGUGAAGGGUUUUUACUAAAAAAUGAAUAAUGACGUUUCAAAAUGGAAUGUUAGGGGUGACGAUUUGGGGAUGUACCUUUUUUUUAACUACUGAAUAAUUUUAUAACUUAAUCUUCACGGCUUGGAACGAAAUUCUCAGUUCAUAUGCGAAGCGGUCGCGUUGCGUUUUGGCGCCAUAUCAAAAAUUAUCGCAUUUUUUGGGCUUUUCAGAUUUUUUUUUUGGAGUAAGCUGUCAUAUCGAAUUUCUUUCAAAGAAGAUUUUUUGAGACUUUAUUCAAAGAAUGAUGGUAAUUCCACUAAGCGAUAAUUUUGAAAUGGCGCCAAAACGCUCCGCGACCGCUACGCACAAGAAUUGCAAAUAGCUCACUUUACUGUUUCAAGCCGAGAAUUUUAUUAAAUUAACCCAAGACCUUUUUCACUUUUCACGAAGCGAAAAGGGACUUUUCAGGCCAAGGAACCUUGUCGAGGAGUUAUCAUCAAUCUUGUACGAGUCUCGAGGGAUCGCGACAUCGCCCACCUCAGGUCGUCUACACCGGAACUGGACGACAUCAAGUAAUCCUCCAUUUACCAUACAAAUCCCAACAGAAAUCUUCCAGCCGAUCGCCAAAAUCGACAAUUUCGAGUCGCCCUACGGGUCCUCGUCGGCCCUGGGCUCCUCGGCCACGCCCCCUUUGCCCAUUCAUGCUCCGCCCUCUGGUCCUCCUACUGUAAUCGAUGGGUACCGUACUCUCCGUGGGAAUCCUCCCAACUCGGCCAACGCCUUGAGGUAUAGUCCAUUAGUUCCCGGUUUCAGAAAAUAUACAAAGUUUCAACAAUAUGUUCAGUGUAGUAAAUGCACAAUUGCUUAUGAAUGUCCUAAAAACCUUUUUUACAGUCCUAAAAAGCGAAGUGAUGACUAAAGUGGUUUAUUCGAAGGGACCACUUGAGGUCUUCCAGUUUCGUUCGUUCAUUUUAAUCCAAGUGGCCACUUGAGUGACUUUCUAUUUCCAUGGGGCUUUAGGUGGUCCCUCAAGUGAUCACUUGAGUGAUUUUCGAUUGAAAUGGUCCCUGAAGGAUGAUACUGAAGGACCAUAAAGGCUCAAGUAUCCACUUAAAAUAGUUGACUUCUAAGUGGUCACUCAAGGGAACUCACUGAAGCGGCCACUUGGAUUAAAAUUACCCCUCGACUGUAGAAAGUUUCUCAACUGUCUUCAUUCAAGGGGCCCCUUAAGGGAUCUUCUAUUCCAAUUCAAAAGGGACUUUAGGUUGUCCCUCAAGUGUUUUAUUUCAAGUGACCCCUUCAGUGAUCUUUUUUCCAUUCAGAAAGACGUUGUAGGUUUUCCUUCAAGUGUUUUAAUCCAAGUGGCCCCUUAAGUGAUCUUCUAUUCCCACUGAAAAGAGGCUUUAGGUUGUCCCUCAAGUGAUCACUCGAGUGAUUUUCGAUAAAUCAAGCAUGUUACCGAACGACCGUAAAGGUUAUAGCUCAAGUAUCAACUCAAAAUAGUUGACUUCUGAGUGAUCCCUCAAGUGACUUCUGCAAUUCGCUGACUUGCUUAAGCGAUCACUUGAUUUAAAAAAAGAAUUUUUGACUGUAAAAAAAGCUCAAAACGAAAGACCUUGAGUGGACUUUUCAGAGAAACCACUUAAGUUAUCACUCCGCUUCCAAACCCCUUAAGUGAUCAGAGCGAGUCACGAUUUUAAACCAAAAAUCUUUCCAAACAAAAAUCCCUUAAGUGACCAGUUGGUCAAAUCAAAUUGAUUAGUUUCAUGAAAAAUAAUCAAGAAAAAUGGCUGGAAAAGAAUAUCAUCAAAACGGACUGUUCCAGGUCCUUCACCCAAUUGGCCGGCGUGACUCCGCCCCCUUCCUCUGGGGGUCGUCCGGUCGUCGUCGCUUCCGGCGGCAAACAUGUCCCCGUCGGAAGGGCGACCGCCCAGCCUCGCGUUAACGUCGCCAAUAUUUACAGGUACCCAAAAGCUUCAAGAAAAAAAAAUAAGGAUUUUCAGUCCAUAUGCUUCCUGCUCCUCUGACGCCGAGUCUGAGAAGAAGCACACUGGACCUUCUUCGGCCGCCGGCGAUUUCGAGAUGCGCGAAACGCCGACGAAUGUCCCCAGACAGAGCCCCUCCCAUCCGCCCCCAGAGAGGAUUACGAUGCUCCAGGUAACGUUCCUCAAGUGGGCUCUCAAGGGAUUAAUGGAAAAAAGCCUCUAACUUUUUUGAAAUUCCCCCGAGCACUGGUUAUUACGAUGCUCCAGGUAACGGGCUACGAGUGGACCCUUAAGGGAAAAAUACUUGGCUUCUAACGGAUUUUGAAAUUCCCACGAGCACUGGUAAAUGAAUCGAUUGAUUGGAAACGAGCCCUUUAGAGGUUAUUACGAUGCUCCAGAUUACGUACCUCAAGUGGACUCUCAAGGGGUUAUUGGGAAAAAGCUUCGCCUCUUACGUUAUCAGUACCAAAGGGUAGAAAAUUUUCGAAACUUUCCCCUUCUCAAGAGAGGAUUACGAUGCUCCAGAUGACGUCCCUCAAGUGGACCCUUAAGGGAUUAAUGGAAAAAAGCCUCUAACUUUUUUGAAAUUCCCACUAGCACUGGUUAUUACGAUGCUCCAGGUAACGUCCCUCGAGUGGACACUUAAAGAAUUUUUGGGAAAAGCUUCGCCUCUAACUUUAUCAGUACCAAAGUGUAGGAAAUUUCCAAAAAUUUUCUCGUUCCAAGAGAGGAUUACGAUGCUCCAGAUGACGUACUCCAAGUGGACCCUCAAGGGAUUAUUGAUGUGAAAGCUUCUUAUCUUAUGUUUUUAGUACCAAAGGGUAGAAAAUUUCCACGAGAAUCGAAUCAAAAAAGGUUGGGGGCGUGCUCUUCAGAAGUUACCACGAUGCUCCAGAUGACGUCCCUCAAGUCGACCCUCAAGUUAUUAUUGGGGAAAGCUUCGCAUCUAACUUUUUCAGGAACUUCAUGAAAUUGACGUUGAAAAAAAUCAAAAAAAAAAUUAGGAUCUAAUUAAGAAGCCUAUAUAAGUUUGAAAUAACACUAAAAAGAGACACUUGGGAUUUUGAAUUAUAGGAAAAAAAGUACCAUGCGCCUUUAAAACGCUCAGAUUUUACAACGCGUUUUACAAAAAUGCAUUAAAAAAGUACAUUCUGACGUUUAACUUUAUGGAACCCCUAGAUCUGAAAUUCAUAAAAUGCGAACAUUUGAAGAGGUUCUGGCAGUUCCAAUUGACGCUUAAAAUAAUUUCGCGAAAUUGGAAUUUUGGGAGUGAAAAAGUAGAAAAAUUGAGUCCUACAAGGAGAAUUUUACGCGCGAAACGUCAAAUUUUUGAACUGUAACAAAAAUUUGAAAUUCGCGCGUGAAAGCCACCGUAACAGUCAGCAUAUCGCAAAAUAUCGUUGCAGGACCCAAUUUCUCCAAAAUACCGAACUUGCCUGUUUCGCGUAAUCCUUUUAGAGGAAUUAGUUUUGAAAUCGCCCAAUUCACUUCCAACAAGUCAUUGUGAUUUUUCUAUCAUUUUUUUCAGUUACAUUUGUCAGUUUUCAGACAUCGAACUCGACGGAGGAACUCAACGCCCAGAUGGAGAAUCUCGACACGAUGAUCGACGAUUUGCAGGCCUUGCAGCACGAAUUCGGCGUCGCUUCUUGA